AUGCGUCGUACUGCAUUGCGGGUGGCCGAGUCUGCAAAGCCUUUGACCCGAACGGCUCGUUCGGCGAGAAGCUUUGCUACUCAGAGUGACUCCGCUAAGGACCCCUCUGAGCUCGAUCAAAUUACCACACUUCCCAAUGGAGUUCGCGUCGCUACAGAAUCAUUACCGGGUCCCUUCGCUGGUGUCGGAGUCUACGUCGAUGCCGGUUCUCGUUACGAAGACGCAAGCUUGCGUGGAGUCAGCCAUAUCAUGGACCGACUGGCCUUCAAGUCAACCAAAGCACGAUCAGCUGAUGAGAUGCUAGAGGUGCUUGAGUCGUUGGGUGGUAAUAUUCAAUGCGCGUCGUCGCGAGAAUCGUUGAUGUACCAGUCUGCUAGUUUCAACUCGGCGGUGCCUACAACCCUCGGCCUCCUUGCGGAAACCGUUCGAGAUCCUCUGAUCACUGAGGAGGAGGUGCUCGAACAACUUGCCACAGCAGAGUAUGAGAUUGGUGAGAUUUGGGCGAAGCCGGAACUUAUCUUGCCGGAGCUUGUCCACAUGACCGCUUUCAAGGAUAAUACACUUGGUAACCCUCUGCUGUGCCCCGAAGAGAGGUUAGGUGAAAUUAAUAAGGCUGUGGUGGAGCGUUACCGGGAGGUCUUCUUCAACCCGGAUCGCAUGGUCGUUGCUUUUGCUGGCGUGCCUCACGCCGAGGCCGUCAAGCUCACAGAGCAAUACUUUGGAGAUAUGAAGAGCCGCGACGUUGCCCACAGCAAGGGGCCCAUUCUGUCGGGCUCCGGAAUCGAUACUACACUCUCCGAUUCUCAUGACGCCGCCAAUGAAGGCCAGAUCCCAACUGUCCCCCAAUUCACAGCUUCAUCGACCGUGAGCAGCCCGGCCGCUUCACAAAACACCAAUUCCUCGUUCCUGUCGAAGCUUCCAUUCCUUAAGAAACUCUCUCCACAAACUCAAAACUCGGUCGAACCACUCCACCACUCUUUGAUCGUGCCCUCCACGUUGGAUCUCCGUCGACCCGCUCACUACACUGGUGGCUUCAUCGCCCUUCCCCCAAUCCCGCCGCCAGCCAACCCCAUGCUGCCUCGUCUGAGUCACAUCCAUCUUGCCUUUGAAGCCCUUCCUAUCUCCUCUCCCGAUAUCUAUGCCCUUGCUACUCUCCAGACACUUUUGGGUGGCGGUGGCUCUUUCUCUGCCGGUGGCCCCGGUAAGGGCAUGUAUUCUCGACUCUACACCAACGUUCUAAAUCAGCACGGCUGGGUCGAAAGCUGCAUGGCCUUCAACCACAGCUACACUGACAGCGGUAUCUUCGGUAUUACCGCCUCAUGCACCCCUGUCCGGACAACGGAGAUGCUUGAGGUUAUGUGCCGCGAGCUACAGGCUCUCACUCUAGAUACUGGCUACAGUGCUUUGCAGACCCAGGAGGUUAACCGGGCGAAGAACCAGCUUCGGUCGUCGUUGCUCAUGAAUCUCGAGUCUCGCAUGGUUGAGCUCGAGGAUCUUGGUCGCCAGGUUCAGGUGCACGGUCGUAAGGUCAGUGUGAAGGAGAUGUGUGAUCAGAUUGAGUCUUUGACUGUUGAGGAUCUCCGCCGCGUGGCUCGUCAAGUCUUUGGCGGCCAAGUGCAGAACAAGGGCAAGGGAACAGGCAAGCCUACCGUCGUCCUGCAGGAAGGUGAGCUUGAGGGCUACAAACUGCGCUCUUUCCCCUGGGAGGAGAUCCAAGAGCGCAUUGCUCGGUGGAAGCUUGGCCGGAUGUAA